UCUAUGGACAAAUGUAUUUAAAUAAAUGGGUGCAUAAAAUAGACUGUUUUGUUUUAAAUAUCUAACUUAGAUCCAGAAAUUAUAUUUUAAUAAAUAAGCAAUGGCAGAUAUAAAUAAUGAGAAAGACAGCAAAUUUAAAACAGAAUCUGUUGGUCCCUCUGCAACAGAAUGUUGCAAGAAUUGUGGACAUUUAUGUGAUCCAUACAGUAAACCAGCAUUAUGUUGCAAUGAAUGUUUAGGAAAGAUUCAUGUAGAAUGUUUAAAACGUGAAAGCAUUCCAGUAUCGUUUGUAGGGGAUGUAUUUUUUGACUUGACUUGUUUCCAUUGUAGUCCUUUUGGUGAAGAAAUAGUAGCACGUAAUAGGAUGCCUUGGCUGAAUGUAAUCAUAUUAACAUUAUAUAAUUUACGUGAAAAGUCAAGUGGUAUUAGUAAAAGAGGAUACUUUCAUUGGAAAUCUGACAUUAGCACAUUUGUUGAUCGUAACUGGGAUUGUUUGUUCAAGAAAACAGUUAAAAGAAAGAAGAAUUGGAUUGGUACAAUAUCUGGAACUCUUUCUCAUUAUAGCGGAAUUUUUUUUAAAUCAGGAACUACAGAAUUAGGAGAAUCUGGAUGGUGGAGAUUGAUGGACAAUGAUCCUCCUGAAGUACUUAUUGCUAAAAAUGAAAAAAUGAUAUUGGAUCGUAAAAAACAAGUUGGCAAUCAAGUAAAAACGGCAAGUAAAUUACACGUUAGUCCAACUCCAUCAGAAUCAAGUAUUUCAGUUGGGGAGGAUAACAGUUGUGGAAAUGGAUCAACAAAGAAUCAAGAUUGUUCUGCAUAUUCACAAGCAUAUGUUCAACCUGAUAAAACAUUAUUUGAUCUUUUACUUGAAGAAGAUGAGCUAAAUAAUAUGGAGAUUGAAGAUGAUAUAAUGUCUACUGAACAAAGCGAUACACCAUCAUUGUCCGAUUUAAUAAGAGACUGUCAGUAUCAAACCAAUAAUUUCCACUUUUCACAAUUAUUGGAUGACUUUACAUCAGAAUGGACAUCCACUACAGAUGCUGUAUCAGAAAAUCUUAAUAUUAAAACAGAUCAGAUAAAGGAAGAUGAAGAAGAUGAACAAUACGAAGAAGAUAGUAAUGAUAGUCUAAGUUCUACUCAAGAACAGCCACCUGUUUCUCUAUUUAAGAUUACGCAACGACGCCCAUGGCCCUGGCAGAAAAAUCAUGCUAAUAAAGAAAAGAUUCCACGUAUGACACAUCAGGAAGAAGCAUAUUUAUUACAACAAGUUAAUAAAUCGACUCUUAAUUCUGCACCCUCAGAGAUCAGACGAUUUUACCGAAAACUAGCUGUACGAAAAUUAAAACGAGAAUAUGGUUUACCGAUACUGGAUAUUGAUAAUUUUGGUUUUAAGACAGAAAUACUUGAGAAACCUUUAAAAGAUUCUGGCAGAGUUUUGGAUCGAUUUUUUGGCGAUGAUCUAAGUUUGUUUGAACAAAGACUACAAGGAUACAAUGAACCCACAUCUGUGCAUAGUCCAUACACAAAUAGACUUUUAAAACCAUUUAUAAGAAGAGAUACUUCAUGCCGUCCUUUAUGGGUGAAAGUGAUGGAAGAGCUUCGUGUUAAAGUCAAUAAAUCUAAUCCUAAAUGGAAAGCACCGCCGACCGCGCCGAUUGAUUACUCGUAUGUGAGGCCGCAGCACAUUCCCGCGAUUAAUAGUCUGUGUAGCCAAUUCUUUUGGCCGGGCAUUGAUUUGACAGAGUGCUUGCAGUACCCUGACUUCAGCUGUGUGGUUUUGUACAAGAAGUUAAUUAUAGGAUUUGCAAUUUUAGUUCCCGAUGUUGGUUACAAUGAAGCUUACAUAUCAUUUUUUCUAACUCGUCCUGAGUGGCGUAGAUCUGGCAUAGGAACAUUUAUGCUGUAUCAUUUAAUCCAAACGUGUAUGGGCAAAGAUGUUACGUUGCACGUUUCAGCUACUAACCCAGCGUUAAUUUUAUAUCAGAAAUUCGGUUUUAAAGUGGAAGAAUUUGUUCAAGAUUUUUAUGACAAAUACAUGCCACCGAAUUCACGAGAAUGUAGACACGCGUUGUUCUUACGAUUGAGCAGAUAAAUACAUGCAUUGAAUAAUGUAUUUGUUGUGCAUAUAUGAAAUACACGUGAUGCUAAUUAAAUCAAUUUGACUUUCGUGUAAUGAUGUAUGUAAUGUAUAUAUGAACGAUAAUACGUUUAUUUGUUGUUGAAGGAAUAUUUUCGAUUUUUAAAUAAAAAUAAAUGGAUGUACGGAUGUAAAUAUCCGUACAAUAAAUGCAA